AUGUUUUCUGUUGUUAAGAGAUCAUUCUCCUCAUCUUCCGCUUCUGCUUACAAGGUCGCCGUCUUAGGUGCUAACGGUGGUAUUGGUCAACCAUUAUCCUUAUUGUUGAAGUUAAACCACAAGGUUACCGACUUAGCCUUGUACGAUUUAAGAGGAGCUCCAGGUGUCGCUGCUGAUGUCUCCCAUGUCCCAACCAACUCCACUGUUAAGGGUUACGAACCAGAAGGUAUCAGUGAAGCUUUAACUGGCGCUGACGUUGUCGUUAUCCCAGCCGGUGUCCCAAGAAAGCCAGGUAUGACCAGAGAUGAUUUAUUCAACACCAACGCUUCAAUUGUUAGAGACUUGGCCAAGGCUGUCUCCGAGAACGCUCCAGAUGCCGCUGUCUGUAUCAUUUCUAACCCAGUCAACUCCACUGUCCCAAUUGUUGCCGAAGUCUUCAAGUCUAAGGGUACUUACAACCCAAAGAAGUUGUUCGGUGUUACCACCUUGGAUGUCCUCAGAGCCUCCAGAUUCGUUUCCGAAAUCGGUGGAACUAACCCAGUCAAUGAAAAGGUCACUGUUGUCGGUGGUCACUCUGGUAACACCAUUGUCCCAUUGUUAUCUCAAACUAACUACAAGUCCCUCGACACUGACGUUAGAGACAAGUUAAUCAACAGAAUUCAAUUCGGUGGUGAUGAAGUUGUCCAAGCCAAGAACGGUGCUGGUUCUGCCACUUUAUCCAUGGCCCAAGCUGGUGCUAGAUUUGCUGGUGCCGUCUUAAACGGUUUAGCCGGCGAAAAGGAUGUUGUUGAACCAACCUUUGUUGACUCUCCAUUGUUCAAGGAUGAAGGUAUUGAAUUCUUCUCUUCCAAGGUUACCUUGGGCCCAGAAGGUGUCAAGCAAAUCCACGGUUUAGGUGAAUUAUCUUCCCACGAAGAAGAAUUAAUCAAGGAAGCCAAGGACACCUUGAUUAAGAAUAUCAAGAAGGGUGUUGACUUUGUUGCCCAAAACCCAUAA